UUUUGUCUUCCACACUCUUCUCCCCUAACACUCUUACAUCAAUACUCAUUAAUUCAAAAUGGUCGUCGCUACCAUCAAAUGUGUCGUGGUGGGGGACGGUGCAGUAGGAAAGACCUGUCUGCUCAUCUCAUACACAACGAACAAGUUCCCUUCGGAAUAUGUCCCCACCGUCUUUGACAACUACGCCGUGACCGUGAUGAUCGGCGAUGAGCCCUACACCCUUGGACUGUUCGAUACCGCCGGCCAAGAGGAUUACGACCGCCUGCGCCCGCUCUCUUACCCGCAGACUGACGUGUUCUUGGUCUGCUUCUCCGUCACCUCACCCGCCUCAUUCGAGAACGUCCGCGAAAAGUGGUUCCCGGAAGUCCACCAUCACUGCCCCGGUGUUCCCUGCCUGAUCGUCGGCACCCAGACCGAUUUGCGCGACGACGCCGGUGUCCGGGAUAAGCUCGCCCGCCAGAAGAUGUCCCCCAUCCGCAAGGAAGACGGUGACCGGAUGGCUAAGGAACUUGGCGCUGUUAAAUACGUGGAGUGUUCCGCCCUGACACAGUAUAAGCUGAAGGAUGUCUUUGACGAGGCUAUUGUUGCGGCACUCGAGCCCGCGCCCAAGAAGAAGUCAAGGGGCUGCCGCUUGCUGUGAACUUACCCCUCACGGAUUUAUCGCAACGGGUUGGUCCGAGUGCGACGGAUAAUGUUGCACUUCGGUUGAUGCCUGGUUGACGCGCGCCUCGAAGCAGCUACGAUGGAAUGAACCUGUUUAUUUCUCUUUUUCUACUCUUUUCACGUUCUAUUGGGCGGCAAAUAUUUCUGGCUCGUCUGGUUUGGUUUUUCUGGGAUAUCCAAAUUCAGCGACAAAAAAAAAGGGGGGGGAGUGUGGUCUUGUAUUAUGGCUAGCGAUGCUAUCUGAAGCGUUCCAUAUCUACGUUUUCCAGUUGAAAAUGGCUUCUGUGCUUUUUCUUGAUCUCCUUUUCUCUUAUUUUGUCUCUGUUCGCAUAUCCCGGUUCGAGAUCUAGCCUCUCUAAUUUGCCGUGUCUUUUUUGGCUCUCUAUCUCUGCUUCUUUUCUUCUUGCUUCGCCUGGCUGCGUCUAUCUGUCGUCUUCAACGACCUGGUCUCGAGUUACUGUUGGUACUCGUCUCUUCUCGCCUUUCACUUCCCCCGAUCCUCUACCCUCAUUCCUCCUCUUUACGAACUACAGCGACAGCAAUUUUGACCUUCUUCUCCCCUUUUGUCGCGUCGGCUACACUCCCACAUCCUACAUAUCACCCUCUCCGCACCCGGCGCUUGCACCUCUUCGAUCGUCUCUCUCGGCGUUGGACGUCAGGGCAUCGUCUUUUGGCUGCAUGGUUUCCGUCACUGUUGUCCCAUAUCCCCAGUCUUUUUUCUCCUUGACGUGCUAUUUAUGUACCCCCAGCUUUGCGACCAACCCCCCGGGCUAUGAAUUUGAGCUUGCUGUACCCUUCUCUUGCAGAUCCGGCUUCUUCUCUGCGUCUUUUUUUUU